GUGCGCAACGCACACGAAAUCAGUCGAUUGUUGGGCUUUGGCUGGGUGCCGCGCAAGCUCACGUUUUUCGCGAGUUCCUAUGUACAUGGUAUAUAGCGUCUUGGGCAGUGUUCAUCACGAUACAGUUCAAUAUAUCUGUCUGUUCGCCGGAUUUUAAGGGCUCCAGUAAAUAGCACCGAUUUUCCAAAAUUAUUCAUUCAGUGAUAUUCAGCACCCAGUGGCCGACGCUAGUGGAGUCCGAUAUUCAGUACCUGAUUCUACCUUUUCUGGAGUAAACAAUAGAUACUAGUGCUACACAAUGAGUACUCCGGUGAAAAAAGUCCCCAUUCAUCUGCAGAGUGCUCAGAAUCGUUUGCUGAUAAAAAAUGGAAAAGUUGUCAAUGAAGACAGCAUCACCGACGCUGAUGUAUACAUCGAAGAUGGGGUUAUCAAGCAACUUGGACGGAACCUGAUUAUUCCAGGCGGAACACGAACAAUAGACGCCAGGGGAAAAUACAUAAUGCCGGGAGGUAUUGACCCGCAUACCCAUUUUGAAUUAGAAUUAAUGGGUGCUAAAUCAGCGGAUGAUUUUUAUCGCGGAACUAAAGCCGCUAUUGCUGGUGGUACAACCAUGAUCAUGGACUUUGUCAUACCCAAUAAAGAGGAAACACUUGUCCAAGCUUAUGAGAGAUAUCGAACAACUGCUGACGAGAAAGUCUGCUGUGACUACGGUCUCCAUGUUGCUAUCACCAGUUGGAGCCCCAGGAUAAAAGAAGAAAUGGCGACACUUGCCCAUGAAUACGGAAUCAACAGUUUCAAAAUGUUCAUGGCGUACAAAGACCUCUUCAUGCUUCACGACGCUGAGUUAAUCGAGGCUUUUUCGAUGUGCAAAAACCUCGGGGCCGUUGCGAUGGUUCACGCUGAAAACGGCGACAUCAUCGCCGCGAAUACGAAAAAACUUCUGGAGGCUGGUGUGACUGGUCCAGAGGGGCACGAGAUGUCGCGUCCUGAAGAAGUCGAGGCUGAGGCUACGAAUAGAGCCUGUAUGCUAGCGAAUCAGGUCAACUGUCCACUGUACGUGUCAGGAGUGAUGAGCAAAUCAGCCGCGGACGUGAUAUCCGCAAAACGCACCGACGGUGUUGUUGUGUAUGGUGAGCCCAUUGCUGCCAGUAUUGGCAUUGAUGGCAGUGAGCAAUAUGGAAAAGAUAUGGACAAGGGUCGUUGCUAUAUAAUGGAUCCGCCACUCAGGCCGGAUCCCACAACACCCGCAUACUUGAUUGAAAAGCUCGCUGAGGACGGACUUCAGUGCACCGGAAGUGACAAUUGCACUUUCAAUGCCGAGCAAAAGGCCCUUGGCAAGGAAGAUUUUUCGAAAAUUCCCAAUGGUGUGAACGGGGUUGAGGACAGAAUGUCCGUUGUCUGGGAGAAAGGGGUACACGCUGGAAUCAUGGAUCCCAUGCGCUUCGUGGCGGUAACCAGCACUACUGCUGCCAAGAUUUUCAAUUUGUAUCCAAGAAAAGGUGUCAUCGCUGUUGGUUCAGAUGCCGAUAUUGCUAUUUGGGAUCCUAACAGGAAGCGAAUCAUUUCCGCCGAGACUCAUGCUCAUGCCGUUGACUUCAAUAUUUUCGAGGGAAUGGAGGUUCACGGAGUCCCUGAGUAUGUAAUCGUCAACGGUAGAGUUUGCGUUGAUGAGUGUGAAGUAAAGGCAGUACAUGGGUAUGGUAGAUUUAUCGAGACUCCAACACAUCCCUCGUACGUCUAUGACUUGAUUGAGGAGAGGGAGAAGAGACCCAGAGGAGUCGCGAGGAGUGCAGCUGAUGCCAAAAAAUAUGCUGACGAAGACGCUGCCAUUGCUAAGGCACGAGAGGCUGCAGCUGCUGCGAGAAUUCAAGCUAAUCAAACUAAUGGGACGCAUGAGGUGCGUCCGAGCAAACCCAAAUCAAUUUCAGAGAUAUCUUGUGCUCCAACACUACCGGAAUCCGCUGUUGUUACACCUUCUGCAAAGGGACCUCGUCAGGAGGGUCAACGUAAUCUUCAAGAUUCAACAUUUUCGAUUAGCGAGGAUGUUGAUGAUGCUAGACGAGCAUGCAUUCGUGUGAACAACCCCCCUGGUGGUCGCAGUGCCGGUGGUUUCUGGUAAUUAUAAACGUAAGCUUCGAUUGCAUACGCUUUUGCGCGAAUAAACAAGUAAAUAUAUAAAUAUGCAUACAUAUGAAGAAAUUUAUCGGUAAAUAUUCCCAACAUGAUUCGUAAUCGACGUGAUUUUCAUUCUUCGAGACAUUGUACUCGCUUCCCAUUUCGCUAACCACCAAAUAUUAACAAUUAAGUUGAAGAAAUAAUUAUAAAAUUCGUCAAAAAGAUGUACAAUUUCGGAAGGCACCCAAUGGUGAUAAGAAACGUGCAUUGAUUUUCGGUUUAUCACAUUGGAAUCCACUUUCGCGCAGCGUCAAUAUGUUUUUUACGGCUUCUCAACAUAAAAUAUUUUUAGGGUAUUCGUUACCUCGUGAAACAAAGCUCGCAAUAGGAGAUUGCGGGCCUCAAGUGGCAACAAUUACAAAUAAUGACGAAAUAUUGUUAAUUGUUUUGUUUUUUUGUUUGUUUUUUCCAUAUAACAAUGUUCCACGAUUGUCAUCAUAUUUUAUUGAAAUUCGCAUUGACUAGAGUCUUUCGUAUUUAUAGAGCGUUAUAUUGGUGAGCAACGACGUUGAUGAAGCUAAGAGUUGAAAUGUUUUUCAUAAGUAUAUAUGAAAUGUAUGAAUUGUCAUAGUAUAUAAGAAUUAUAACUGGAUGAUGCCGAGGGGUAGUGAAUAAACUAUGCACCACAGAGCAAUUACAAAUGUGUGAGCUAUAAUAUAAUGGGAACAUGGCUAACACAGUAGUACAUGACGCGUAUGAAAAAAAUUCGUAGUAAAAUCUGGUGAAAUUCGAGUGAAAGAUUUUCAAAUUGGAAUUAAAAUGUUACUCCGAUUUUUGUUUUUGUUUACUGCCCAUCUAUGGGUGAACGCACGAAAAUAUAAUCAAAAGAAUUUCCUUAACGACUUAGAUGAAAGUUCUUGCGGAAAACGUCAGAUUUUUCUAUCAAAUUUUUUUAUCGUGUGUUCUUGAUAAUUGAGGAGCUUUUCCAGUUUAAAAAUCGUAACGUAUCCCGUAACAUCAGAGAUAUACGCACAAGGUCAGUUAACGAGUGAUGAAUAAUGCGUGAAUCUGUAUUAUUAAAAUCGUUCUCACUCGAUUUUCUUAAAUUAAACGAGAUUACUUCAUCCCCUCAUGCAGUAUUAUUUUGUUUUCUUCAUUUAUUGACAUUAUUCCAUCACAGAUAGUUUAUCGAUUUAACGAUUCAUCCCAUGUCUUGCACAGUCAGGAUCUUCGAUAGUGAACCUGAUCAUAAAAUGAAAAUACAACUGUAUACGUUCAUCAUAUCCAGGAAAUAAUUUUCACUCACUUAUAUGCACUUCUGAUAAGCUCUGCGCAUGCAUAAAGAAACCUACUGAAUUGAAAGCAAAUACUUACUUGUACGGAUAGUGCUAGAGAUAGAUAUCCUAGUGGAAGAAUACUAAGAUGAAAUGAAACUAAGAGACAUUAUCGAUGUCGAUUCAAGACAAAAAAUCAGCAGCUGAGCAAUAAAGCGGUUCGAAUCGACUCGCUUUCAUCCCAAUUUCCGAGAGACAAAUUCUAACAUAAGAGACACUGAAAUUUUUAUUGUAAACUUUUCUGUGGAGCUAAUUAAAUCUCCAGAAGAAGAUGUGUUAAGAGUAAACGUUUUUAGAUUCAAAGUUGUUCAUUGAAAACAAAUAAUUGAAGUCGACUCGAGCCGCUUCAUCGUUUCAUUGUGGAAACAAUCCUCAUAGUUUUAUUUUUUAACAUUUGACGAUAUGGCACAAUCGUAGUAGUAUCGACUCAAAACUUAUCUCAUUAAUCGAUUUAACAAGUCAGAUAUAACUGACAGUCACUGUGGGUAAUCUACUCCAAGCCUAUAUCACUUGAAUGUAUUGAAAUCAGAAAAAAAACAUGAAACGUAAUUGUUAAGGACUUUUAGACUAGUGGUACAUCCAUUUUCUACUGAAAUUUUAUAUGCUGAAGUGAUUUUUUUUAUCAAAAAAAUAGGGUAGGGACAGAAACAGCCUCUCAGCAGAUGCAAUCAAUUACAUUAGACCUCGUCAAAAAUCGAGUAAUCCACUUGAGUGGAUGAAUCCAAACUGUAUUGAAGAAUAAUGGGAAGUGCAUUAAAUAGUGACGAUAUGAAAAACAAACAUUGAGUGUGGAUUGCGUAAUCUUGUUAUUGUGUUCACUUAAGUAUUCUUGUAAGCCUCGAUUUUAACGAAUGAAAAUGAAAUGAAUUUAUCAUUGAAAUAUGUACCAAUGAUACGCUAUUAGAUUUGCACGUUUAUUUAUAUCUGUUAUAUAUGUAAUUGCUUUAAAUAAAUACAUGAAUGUGUAACAAUUUCAAACAA